AUGGCCUGGCGGGUCGUGAACGCGAAACACGCGUUCGACCACGCGGUCGCAAAAGGCGCGACACCCUAUGAAGGGGACGACAAGACGCUGGACGUCCCGGCCAUUGUCGGUAUCGGCGGUUCGCUGCUUUACUUCGUCGAUACCUAUGGCGACAAGGGAUCGGCCUAUUCGGAUGAGUUCGACUGGCUGGAUGCAACCGAUCCGAAGCCGGAAGGUGUCGGCUUCUAUUAUCUCGACCAUCUGACCCAUAACGUCUAUCGCGGCAACAUGGACAAGUGGUGGGACUUUUACCGCGACCUCUUCAACUUCAAGCAGAUCCAUUUCUUCGACAUUGACGGCCGCAUUACCGGACUCGUCAGCCGCGCGAUUACCAGCCCCUGCGGCAAAAUCCGCAUUCCGCUGAACGAGUCGAAGGAUGACACCAGCCAGAUCGAGGAAUACCUGAAGAAGUACGGGGGCGAGGGCAUCCAGCACAUCGCGGUCGGAACCGACGAUAUCUAUGACAGCACAGACAGGCUGGCGGCCAACGAACUCAAGUUCAUGCCGGGCCCGCCGGAAACCUACUACGAAAUGUCAAAGGACCGCGUGCAGGGCCAUGACGAGCCGCUCGAACGCAUGAAAGAGCACGGUAUCCUGAUCGACGGCGAGGGGGUUAUCGACGGUGGCAUGACGAAAAUUCUGCUGCAGAUUUUCUCAAAGACCGUGAUCGGACCCAUCUUUUUCGAGUUCAUCCAGCGAAAGGGUGACGAAGGCUUCGGUGAGGGCAAUUUCCGCGCCCUGUUCGAGUCGAUCGAGGAAGACCAGAUCCGCCGUGGCGUCCUGAAUACGGAAGCCGCGGAAUAA